AUGCGAUAUGGUGACAUUGAGGUCUCCAAUACAUUUCAUUCUUCCCGGUUUAUGAUAAAUGCAAACAUUGACGAAAUCAAUGACUACAAAUCAAGACUCAGCGAGCCAGAUAGUUGUCGAGUCGUAAGUCAAAUGUCAUCAAAUUCUUCGUACUCAUAUGAGGACGACUUUGUUCAUAAGUCUGUUAGAAAGACUUUGGAUGACUUAAAUGAAUCGCCUGAGAUUGGCACAUGCAUUGUAUUGGCAACGAUCACAAAUUUGGUGAAAAAAUCAAAGUGGUGGUUUUAUAGCUGCCCGAAUACGAAGUGUAAGAGAUCCGUUGAGAAGGAUUUGAAGAUGUGGUACAAAAUUGAGUUCAUUGUCAUGGACGACACAAAUACCGCAACAUUGAUAGUAUUUGGAAAAGAUGCAGAAAUGAUGUUGAAUCUUUCUAUCGAUGCAUUAAUUCAGCGUAUACACGAUAGGGGAGAAGAUGAUUUGGAAUAUCCAAACGAACUUGAUGAUCUGGUUGAUAGAAUGAUGUUGUUCAAACUUAACGUUGUGGAAAAGAAUGUACACGAUCCAGCAAAUUCAACAUACCGUAUUAAAAAAGUUUGUUUUGAUGACUCUGUCAUUACUGCGUUUACGGAACAUUAUCAAUUGAAUGAGAAUCAUAACAACGGUGGACAUUCCCCAAGUGUAAAUGAUUAUAAUGGUGGUCCUAUUAUAUCGUCAAAGGAUUCCUCUUCAUUGUCGGAGAAUAAUGAUUGUGAAGUACUUUAUGUUACUCCAUCGUCAAAGCGACCGGGAGAUAGUGUUCUCGAAAAGGUAGACGACGAUCCAACACUGCAGCACUCAACCAGUAAAUUGAUAAAAAAAAUUAAGCUAGAGAAAAUGGAGUAG